AUGUCGGCGACGCUACGGCCCUACUUAACGGCGGUGCGGCACACCUUAACGGCCGCCAUGUGCCUGGAGAACUUCUCCUCCCAGGUGGUGGAAAGGCACAACAAGCCGGAGGUUGAGGUUAGGUCCAGUAAGGAGCUGCUGUUGACUCCCGUCGUGAUCUCGCGCAACGAGAAGGAAAAGGUGUUCAUAGAGACGUCAGUGAACUCGGUCCGUAUCAGUAUAGCCGUGAAACAAGCGGACGAAAUCGAGAAAAUCCUCUGCAAGAAGUUCAUGCGGUUUAUGAUGAUGAGGGCGGAGAAUUUCGUGGUUUUGCGGCGGAAGCCCAUCGAGGGCUACGAUAUUAGCUUCCUGAUUACGAAUUUCCACACGGAGCAGAUGUACAAACAUAAGUUGGUCGAUUUUGUGAUUCAUUUCAUGGAGGAAAUUGAUAAAGAAGUGUCGGAAAUGAAGUUGGCGGUGAAUGCGAGGGCUCGAAUAGUUUCGGAGGAGUUUUUGAAGAGGUUUUGA